AUGACGACAAUGGAUCUCCGUGUCGGCAACAAGUACAGAAUCGGCCGCAAGAUUGGUAGCGGCUCUUUCGGUGACAUCUACCUUGGUACCAACAUCAUCUCGGGUGAGGAGAUCGCCAUCAAGCUUGAGAGCGUCAAGGCCAAGCACCCCCAGCUCGAAUAUGAGGCUCGUGUUUACAAGUCCCUUGCCGGCGGUGUCGGUAUCCCGUUCGUGCGUUGGUUCGGAACCGAGUGCGACUACAACGCCAUGGUCCUGGACCUGCUCGGCCCCAGUUUGGAGGAUCUCUUCAACUUCUGCAACCGCAAGUUCUCGCUGAAGACCGUCCUGCUUCUCGCCGAUCAGCUCAUCUCCCGCAUCGAGUACAUCCAUGCCAAGUCGUUCAUCCACCGCGAUAUCAAGCCAGACAACUUCCUCAUGGGUAUUGGCAAGCGCGGCAACCAGGUCAAUGUGAUUGAUUUCGGUCUGGCCAAGAAGUACCGUGACCCGAAGACGCACUUCCACAUUCCUUACAGAGAGAACAAGAACUUGACUGGUACCGCUCGCUACGCCAGCAUCAACACUCACUUGGGUGUCGAACAAUCCCGUCGUGACGACAUGGAGUCCCUCGGAUACGUCAUGCUCUACUUCUGCCGCGGCUCCCUUCCCUGGCAGGGUCUCAAGGCGGCCACCAAGAAGCAGAAGUAUGACCGCAUCAUGGAGAAGAAGAUGACUACUCCCACUGAGGUGCUCUGCCGUGGCUUCCCCAACGAGUUCGCCAUCUACCUGAACUACACCCGCUCCCUGCGCUUCGACGAUAAGCCGGACUACUCAUACCUUCGCAAGAUCUUCCGCGAUCUCUUUGUCCGCGAGGGUUUCCAGUACGACUAUGUGUUCGACUGGACCGUUUACAAGUACCAGAAGAACGCUCAGGCUAUUGCUCAGGCCGCCAACCAGGGUCAGGGAGAGGAUGAUGACAAGAACGGCCGUGGACGUCACGUCACUACCACUGCCGCUGCCAAUGCUGGCACUGCGGCUGGCACCAAGCGCGGACCGGUCAAUGCGCGCCAGGAGGGCACCGGAAUGUGA